AUGGCAACAAAACAUAAGGGUCGUGCAAUAGGAAUCGAUCUAGGAACUACAUACUCGUGUGUUGCAGCAUGGGAAGAGCAAAAUGGUCGUGCAGAGAUUAUUGUGAAUGAUCAAGGCAACAGAACAACACCUUCUUUCGUUGCCUUCACUGAUACUCAAAGGUUGAUUGGUGAUGCUGCUAAAAAUCAAGCUGCUGCCAACCCCACUAACACAAUCUUUGAUGCUAAAAGGUUGAUUGGCAGAAAAUUCAAAGACCCCACAAUUGAGAAUGAUCUUAAGUUGUGGCCUUUUAAGGUUGUAUCUGGUGCUGAUGACAAACCAAUGAUUAUGGUUACCUACAAAAGAAAAGAAAAGUUUCUUGCUGCUGAAGAAAUCUCAUCUAUGAUCCUCACAAAGAUGAAGGAGAUUGCAGAGGCCUAUUUGGAGUCUUCUGUGAACAAUGCAGUGAUUACAGUCCCUGCCUAUUUCAAUGACUCGCAGCGAAAAGCCACCAAAGAUGCCGGCAUCAUUGCCGGCCUUAAUGUCAUCAGAAUCAUCAAUGAACCAACAGCAGCAGCUCUUGCAUAUGGCCUUCAAAAGAGAGCUAACUGUUCCGAAAAGCGAAAUACUUUCGUAUUUGAUCUUGGUGGUGGUACCUUUGAUGUGUCUCUAGUCACAAUUGAAGGUGAUAACUUUGAAGUUAAGGCCACUGCCGGAGACACUCAUCUCGGAGGGGAAGAUUUUGAUAACAGAAUGGUGAGUCACUCGGUACAAGAGUUCCAAAGAAAGAACAAAGUUGACAUUACAGGGAAUCCCAAAUCAUUGAGGAGGUUGAGAAACCAAUGUGAGAAAGCAAAAAGGAUACUUUCACAUACUAAUGAGACUCUAAUUGAGAUAGAUGCUCUAUUUCAAGGCAUUGAUUUUCGUUUAUCUAUAACGCGUGUGAAGUUUGAGGAACUCAACAAAGACUUGUUUGAGAAGUGCAUGGAGAUUUCUCAGAAGUGUCUUGAUGAUGCCAAGAUGGCCAAGAGUGAUGUACAUGAUGUUGUCCUUGUUGGUGGAUCUUCAAGGAUUCCAAAAGUGCAGAGUUUAUUGCAGAAUUUCUUUGAGGGAAAGGAUCUUUGCAAUAGUAUCAACCCGGAUGAAGCAGUUGCUUAUGGUGCUGCAGUUCAAGCUGCAUUGUUGAGUGAAGAGUAUUGCACUGUCCCAAACUUGGUUCUGCUUGAUGUCACUCCUCUGUCUCUUGGCAUAUCCACAAAAGGAGAUUUAAUGAGUGUAGUGAUCCCCAAGAAUACUGUCAUUCCUGUAAAGAUGGGUGCUGUUUUUGUCACAAUUGAAGAUAAUCAAUCCACUGCUUCAUUCCCUGUGUAUGAAGGAGAAAGGACAAAAGCCAAGGAAAAUAAUUUGCUUGGUGAGUUUAAGCUCUUGGGGCUUCCACUUGCUCCUCGAGGUCAUCCUAUCAAUGUUAGCUUUGAACUUGAUUUUGAUGGUAUCUUAAAGGUUAGUGCUGAGGAUGAAACAACUGGUAACAAGAAUGGAAUCACCAUUACCAAUGAGAAAGGAAGACUCUCAAGUGCUGAAAUUAAGAGAAUGAUUGAGGAAGCUGCGUUCUUCAGAGAAGAGGAUAAGAAGUUCAAGAAGAUGGUUAAAGCAAAGAAUGCUUUGGAUGAAUAUAUUUACAGGAUGGAGAAAGCUAUGAAGGAUUUUGAUGUAAGCUGGAAGGUUUCACCUUCUGAAAAGCAGAGAAUCAUGGCUGCAUUAAGAGAGGGAAAAAGAUUACUCAGGAGUGAGGAGCAGCAUACUGAAGCUUCUGUGUUUGAGGACUUCAUCAAGAAGUUACAGAAGAUUUGUCAAGUGAUAGUGAUCAACACGGUCCGUGAAUACAGUGAUGAAGACACUGAUUCUGAUGAUUGUUACUAA